AUGGCGUCCCUGCCCAUUGCGCCGCCGGCUCCCGCCAUUGCCCCGCGCUCCCUCGUCCCGCGGACGAGGCCGCGGCGGCGGUGCCCCACGACGGCGCGCGCGGCCACUGCGGGGCCGGGCGAGUGGGCGCCGGGCAGCUGGCGCGCGCGCCCCGCGCGGCAGAUCCCGGAGUACCCCGAUCAGGCCGCGCUGGAGGGCGCGGAGCGCUCGCUGGAGGCCUUCCCGCCUCUGGUGUUCGCGGGAGAGGUGCGGAAGCUGGAGGAGCGGCUCGGGGAGGCGGCCAUGGGACGGGCGUUCCUCCUGCAGGGCGGCGACUGCGCCGAGAGCUUCAAGGAUUUCGGCGCCAACAACAUCCGCGACACGUUCCGGCUCAUGCUGCAGAUGGCCGUCGUCCUCACCUUCGGCGGUCAGAUGCCCACCAUCAAGGUUGGAAGGAUGGCUGGUCAAUUUGCAAAGCCAAGAUCGAACCCAACUGAGACUAGGGAUGGGGUAACGCUUCCCUCCUACAGAGGGGAUAUCAUCAACGGUGACGCUUUUGAUGAAAAAUCGCGUGUACCAGAUCCUGAAAGGUUGAUUCAGGCCUACGGCCAGUCCGCGAGCACCCUAAAUCUUCUCAGAGGAUUUGCCCAUGGAGGGUUCGCAGAUCUUCAGAGAGUCACCCAGUGGAAUCUCGAUUUCUUGAGGCACAGCACACAAGGAGACAGGUAUCUGGAGCUUUCACAGAGGGUUCAGGAUGCCAUUGGAUUUAUGGCUGCUGCUGGUAUGACUCCUCAACACCCCAUCAUGACCACAGCUGAGUUAUGGACAUCCCAUGAGUGCCUUCAUUUACCAUAUGAGCAAGCACUGACUAGGGAGGACUCCAUCACUGGCAUGUACUAUGACUGUUCUGCACACAUGCUUUGGGUUGGUGAGAGGACUAGGCAGCUGGAUGGUGCUCAUGUUGAAUUCCUGCGUGGUAUUUCGAAUCCUCUGGGUGUAAAGGUAAGUGAUAAACUUGAUCCAUCAGAGCUUGUGAAAUUGUGUGAGAUUCUGAACCCUCACAAUAAGCCCGGGAGAUUGACACUUAUCACAAGAAUGGGGGCUGAGAACAUGCGUGUCAAGCUUCCACAUAUGAUCAGAGCAGUACGCCAAGCUGGGAUGAUUGUUACUUGGGUUAGCGAUCCAAUGCACGGAAACACCAUCAGUGCACCGUGUGGGCUGAAGACAAGGUCAUUCGAUGCGAUCAGGGCUGAGCUCAGAGCUUUCUUUGAUGUUCAUGAGCAAGAGGGAAGCUACCCUGGAGGUGUUCACUUGGAGAUGACGGGGCAGAACGUUACAGAGUGUAUUGGUGGAUCCAAGGCGGUGACAUUUGAUGAUCUGAGUGAUUGCUACCACACACAAUGUGACCCCAGGCUGAACGCGUCGCAGUCCCUCGAGCUGGCUUUUGCCAUUGCUGACAGGCUAAGGAACAAGAGAAACAGGGCAUGGAACAACUGGAUUUCCAGGGUUGUUGCUUAA